AUGCGCGGUGCCAGGCUGCCGGUCUCUCUGGCCUUGGGCGUUAGCCCACGGCAGGCUUUGAGACCAUAUAGCUCCUUUGCUUGCGAUCUACUUCCCAAAACAAGAUCGUCUCUUAUCUCUUCCGGAGACCACAAUGGGUUGAACCGUCUCAAUUCAACCGCCUCGGGUACACUCCGGGAUGGUGCCAACCCACUAUUGCUUCAAAAUAUCAGCUUCAGAUAUACCGCCUCUACAUCUCGCAUUGUCUCACAAGCACGCUUUCUAUGUUCGACUUCUCAACUUCGCCAAGCGAAACCACCCGCAACCUCCAUAGAGCCAACUACUCGGUCAGCUACAGAACCGAAAGAGGAGGAGGAGGACAAGGGGUUUGAACUAUCUGAGCGAGCAGCGCAGGCAGCGCAGGUCAACAUGAGCGCUAGACUGGCCAAGGAAGGCGCAGCGGGAAAGAAGUCCGGGGUUUCAGAAAUCUGGCGGCUUUUGAAGAUCGCGCGCCCCGAAUCCAAGGCCCUCGGUUUUGCCUUCUUUUUCCUCCUAAUCUCCUCGUCAAUCACAAUGGCAGUUCCCUUCUCCAUUGGUAAAAUUAUGGACUCUGCGACCAAAGGUGUAACCGAAGGAGGUAGCGAAUUGUUCGGCUUGAGUAUGCCCAUGUUUUACACCGCUCUCGGUGGAAUCCUACUUAUUGGGGCUGGUGCAAACUAUGGGCGCAUCAUCAUUCUUCGAAUUGUUGGCGAGCGAAUUGUUGCCAGGCUACGCUCCAAGCUUUUCCGUCAAACUUUCGUUCAGGAUGCCGAGUUCUUCGAUGCUAACCGGGUUGGUGAUCUGAUAUCGCGCCUUAGCUCCGACACUAUCAUUGUUGGCAAGAGUAUCACGCAGAACUUGUCCGAUGGUCUACGAGCUGCUGUUAGCGGUGCUGCUGGGUUCAGUCUGAUGGCCUAUACUAGUGCAAAGCUGUCCAUGAUCUUGCUCGUCUUGCUUCCUCCAAUCGGUCUCGGGGCUCUCUUUUACGGUCGAGCUAUCAGGAACCUCAGUCGUAAAAUUCAAAAGAACUUGGGAUCGUUGACUAAGAUUGCGGAAGAGCGUCUGGGCAAUGUCAAGACUAGUCAGUCGUUUGCCGGUGAAGUUAUCGAAGUCCGCCGGUACAACAAACAAGUCCGCAAGAUCUUCGAGCUUGGUAAAAAAGAGUCUUUGAUUAGUGCAACCUUCUUCAGCUCGACUGGUUUGAUGGGAAAUAUGACCAUUUUGACCCUGCUAUAUGUUGGCAGUGGGAUGGUUCAGUCAGGUGCUAUCAGCAUUGGAGAAUUGACUUCGUUUUUGAUGUACACUGCCUAUGCAGGCUCCAGCAUGUUCGGUCUCUCCAGCUUCUAUUCGGAGCUGAUGAAGGGUGUGGGUGCGGCGAGUCGACUCUUUGAGCUGCAAGAUCGUCAGCCCACGAUCCACCCAACCAAGGGUAUGAAGGUUGAAACCGCGCGUGGACCCAUCCGGUUUGAGCAUGUCACGUUCUGCUACCCUACCCGUCCCGCUGUGAAGAUCUUUCAAGAUUUGAACUUCGAAAUCCCUCAAGGAACUAACGUUGCGAUCGUUGGACCAUCUGGUGGAGGCAAAUCCACUAUUGCGUCAAUUUUGCUCCGGUUCUAUAGCCCCACCAAGGGCAGGGUCUUGAUCAACGGGAAAGAUAUCAUGGGAAUGAACGCCAAGUCCCUUCGCAGAAAGAUUGGCGUGGUUUCCCAGGAGCCUGUACUUUUCUCUGGAACAAUCGCCGACAACAUCUCCUACGGCAUGCCUCGAGCAACACGCUCAGAGAUCAUUGCUGCUGCACGCAAGGCUAACUGUCAAUUCAUCAGCGACUUCCCUGAUGGACUUGAUACUCACGUUGGGGCUCGUGGAGCUCAGUUAUCUGGUGGUCAGAAGCAGCGGAUUGCCAUUGCGCGUGCCCUUAUCAAGGAGCCUGAUAUUCUAAUUCUGGAUGAAGCCACUUCCGCCCUCGACGCUGAAUCCGAGACCCUCGUUAACAGUGCGUUGGCCGCUCUGCUUAGCGGUAACAACACUACAAUUAGCAUUGCCCAUCGCCUUUCCACCAUCAAGCGCUCCGACACUAUCAUUGUCCUAGGCCCCGACGGCAGGGUCGCCGAGCAAGGCUCCUACGAGCAGCUCAGUUCUCGCCCGGAUGGCGCCUUUACGAAGCUUAUGGAAUGGCAAAUGAGUGGUGGCGAAACAACGUCACCUUCGGGCAAGCCGACUGAGGCCGAUGAGCCCUGGAAGCUCCAGACGGAGUCAGAACCUGAUCUGGAGGAAGAUGAUGUAGAAGAGGUAGAAGAGACAGCCUCUUCGAAAAAGGAAUAA